AUGAUGAUGAUAAUUAAUGAACCACUGCUUCCCCAACAACAACCUCCUCUCCCAUCAUCUCUUCUCAUCUAUCUCUAUGUUGGUCACUUCUUAUCCAGAUGGGGUGCUAGGAUGUGGGAAUUCUCAGUUGGUUUAUUCAUGAUCAAUGUUUGGCCAGACUCUUUAUUCCUUGCUGCUGCUUAUGGACUGGUAGAGUCUGCCUCCACCGCAUUAUUGGGUCCCCUUGUUGGACAGUGGGUUGAUAGGUUGACAUAUGUUAAGGUUCUCCAAAUUUGGUUGUUAUCCCAAAAUAUCGCUUUUAUGGUUGCUGGAGGCACGGUGGUUGCGCUUCUGCUCUACUCAGACUUAAAGUCAACAAAUUUUGUGGCAUUCAUUUCUGUGGUCAUAUUAGUCAAUAUCUCUGGGGCUGUUGGUAUGCUUUCCACCCUUGCGGGAACCAUCUUGAUCGAAAGAGAAUGGGUGGUGGUAAUAUCAGAAGGCCAGCCUCCCGGAGUACUGACAAAGAUGAAUUCAAUUAUAAGACGAAUUGAUUUAACAUGCAAGCUUGGUGCUCCUGUAAUAACCGGAUUCAUAAUAAGCUUUGUAUCUCUGACAGCAUCAGCGGUGACACUAACACUCUGGAAUGUCAUAGCUGUUUGUUUGCAAUAUUGGCUUCUAAUGCAUGUAUAUAAUGGGAUUCCAGCUUUAAGUGAAAGCAGCUACAAGAGGAUGUCGAGACUUUCACCGACAGAUAUGGAAGAGAGCUCAUCUACUUCUCAGGAGGAAAAGAGCUUAGUGUCUUAUGACGGAAAAAAUUUGGAGUUAAACCAAAACAGCUUCGGAAGCAAAAUAAUUGAGCAGUUUACUAAGAUUCCUCUUGUUAGUGCUUGGAGAUUGUACUUAAAGCAAGAUGUGGUGCUCCCAGGAAUAGCUCUUGCUUUAUUGUAUUUCACUGUCCUCAGCUUUGGAAGUUUGAUGACUGCUACAUUGGAAUGGGAAGGUAUACCUGCAUAUGUUAUUGGAAUUGCUCGUGGAAUUAGCGCCAUAAUAGGAAUAGCUGCAACUUUUCUGUACCCUAUCCUGGAAUCUAGCAUUUCUACGCUUCGAACUGGACUCUGGUCCAUCUGGUCUCAGUGGAUGUGCCUCUUGGUAUGUGUUGCCUCGAUAUGGGUCCAAAACAACCUCACAUCAGCAUAUAUGCUGAUGGGUGGAGUAGCAGCAUCACGUCUUGGACUGUGGAUGUUUGAUUUAUCUGUCAUCCAACAAAUGCAGGAUCAAGUUCCUGAAUCUGAUCGUUGUGUUGUGGGAGGGGUUCAAAAUUCAGUGCAAUCUCUUCUGGACUUCAUGACUUAUUUUAUGGGGAUAAUCAUCUCCAAUCCGCAGGAUUUCUGGAAGUUGACAAUGUUAUCCUUCAUACUGGUGACACUGGCUGCAGUACUGUACAGUCUACACAUUUAUCGAGUACGGAAGCACCUCUUCCAUGGUGAGAAGGUGUUUAUGCUGGUCCAAUGGUGUGUAAGAUCCUCUUAA